GCCCGAGAUGCGCGACUGCGCGCAGAGCUGGAGAAGGUGCGCCAAGUCAACAAGGUCAUCGAAGGCGUCACGGCUUCCUUGACCAAAGCAAGGGACAACAUGGAGACCGUCAACCGCACCGUCAACAAUGCCAGCACUCUCCUCGCCACCUGGACACGAAUAUUGAGCCAAACCGAGCACAAUCAGAAGUUGAUUCUCAAUCCGAACUGGCAUGGCGCGAGUCAAGACAUCGAAGACAUGGAACACGAGGACUUGAGGCGACAACAAGAGGCGGAGAGACGUGCGAUGGAGGAGCAGAGGCGAAGAGAAGACGCGGAGAGGCGAGCGGAGGAGGAGGAGAGGCGAAAGGCUGCUGCC